CGAAUGCUAUUGAUUCGACACUUAAAAAUCGGGAAUUUGAGAAAGAGCAUGAAAGCUCUUAUGAAAGAAGUACACCAGAAAGUUCUACAAAGCUGCGAAGUAUUGAAAAAGCACUCGUUACUGACUAUCACAAUUUUCAUGUCGCUGCCUUCCGUUCUGUAGAUGAUAUCAUUUCAAGUUCCUCCCAGCGUGCUAAAAAGGAUCUGGAUUCUGAUUUGGAUAGCGUUUGUGGUACACCAGCAGCAAGACAGCAGUUAAAUGAAACCGUUUCGAAUAUGCAAAAUGAUAUCGAUGAACUUUGUUUAGAGAUUAUUAUGGGGAAUGAUUUUACACGUGCCAUUUUUCGGAAUAUGACAACAUUUUUGGCCCAAACGAAAGAGGGUCGUGCUUUCUAUUCAAGAUCGAAUUUUAUAAAUUCAGAUAGCCAGUGGAUGCAAAUGUCAACGGUAAGUUAUUGGGCUCUAUACUUUUUGUUUUUUGCAUAAAGCUUCAGAAACUUCUCUUUUCCAAUUUAGUUAUUUAAAAUGAGUGAAUUACUUCGCUUAAUUGGGAAUAUCGUGAAUAGCACCGAAGAGGUCUACAGCCAAUCAAAUAUGUUCACGAAAAAUUUGGAUGCAGUUGUAAAACAAGUACUGACACCAUAUUUGGACGAAGUGAAUGAUGAUUUAGAAGAAAGAGGCAAUACUCUUCGUGUACUUUCCCAUAAUUUGACGGACGAGUUUGCUGCGAAUGAUGCAAAGCUAAGAUCAACCGAUAGCUCCGACGAGGAACGCAAAUACAAAGCAGCUCCCACGUGGGUCUUGAUUUUCGAAUGGCUAUGCUUCGUUUGGAUAAUUUUGAUAGUAUUUAUCUUACUGGUGGCAUUGAUAUUAAGAUGUUGCGGACAACGCUGGAGAGGCGAGAGUGAACGUGAAAGAAAAAGAAAAUGCUGCAGUCAGCAGUGUGGUUCCUCUUUAUUCCAAUUAACAGUCUAUAUGAUGAGCUUGUUAUUUCUGCUCGCUCUUCUACCCAUAUGGUGGAAUUACGAACAUGGUGUGGGCGCCUACAAUGAACGGUGCACAUGGGAGAGACUUGAAAGAGCUCAACAAUACAGAUAUAGACGAUCCGUAAGUAAUUUGGGCGCUGAAGCAACUUCGAACCUAUCUGCUUCAGAAACAACGGCUUCAUUGACCAAAGCAUCGGACGCGUUAGCAUCUGCAGAUAGACAUCAAUCGAUGAGCGAAAGAGCUGAAGCCGAUGAUGAGGCUGGCGAUACAGCUGAAGAGCCUGCAAAUAUUUGUCGAAACCGGGAAAAUAAUGCAUUUCUGGCGUCAAAUGCUAUGAAAGUGGGAAACAGAAUGGCACCAUCACUGAAUAUCAGCGAAGCAACUAUGGAAUUGGAAGCUAAAUUUACAAAAAUGUCGCCAGUCAAGGAAAAACUUAAGCGAAACGCAAUAUAUGCCGAUGAAAGUUCGUUGCAAGAAAUCUGUAAUGAUUUCAAAAUUCAAUUUGACCUGAAGGAAUUUAUAAGGUAUUACAAUGAAAUGAACUCAUUUGUAAGUAACGAAAUGAAAAAUCCAAGAGAGGAUUUAGAACUUUCACAUUGUAAUUUGUAUGUGCUAAAGAAGCAUUUGAUAGAUCCGUUUGAUAAUCAUGAAAUACCCAAACUCAUGGCACACAUUGCCGAGCAAUGCAAACAGAUUGAAACAAAUUUUGAAGAAGGAUUCCGCAAAGGCACAGAAAGUUGCUUGACGGAGGUGGAAAAAAUUGAAAGAUUUUCAAAGGACAAACUGGUUGGCGUGUUGAAUGACACUACACAAGAUUUGGAUGAAAUGUUUGUGAAUGGUUUGAAGAAUUACCGAUCAUUUGCCAGUGAAGAACUAAGUAGAGCAGUCUAUACAACCAAUAACGAUAUUGAACGGUAUUCUGAAUGUGUGCAGUAUGCGCAUGGCAAGAAUGGCAUUUGGAUACCGUUAUUUCUAAUAUUGCUCUUGUUCUUGCCAUUAAUACCGAUAGCCAUAUAUUUGAGUAGACUGUACUCAUGCGCUGAAAGAAGAACGGAGUGUUACUGCUAUGAAGAGCGCCUAUAUAAUGCAAUAAGAGAUCGUUUGUAUAAAAGAAGCCGUGAAAUUGAAUCUUAAGCCAGGACACACGUUAGACCGUGAAAAGAUUCUCCUCAAAUUCAACGUAAAAUACAAAGUCAUACAUCUCGAAGACAGCGCGUAACGAAAGUUCCGCUGCAAACGGAAUUGGAUGAAAUGAAUCGGCACGGCACGCAAAAACCCAACUGCAAAGUAAAAUAUAGAAUUAAAAUAGGCAUCUUCUCAAAACCGAAUACUUCAGAAUUAUCUUGAACUUAGUUCGUUAUACAUACCGACGGCUGACGCCCUAUCUCAGAAAAUGGCUCAAGAACGCCCUACUUCAGUAUUUGGUGGAAGAACGCUCUAUCUCAGAAUUUGGUUCAAAAAUGUCUUAUCUAAACUGAAAAUGUAUUGUUAAUCUGUCUGUAUUUAAAUCCUGUAAAAUGUUUUGUAAAACCUGAGUUUCGCCUAAAAAAAAAAUUCAUCCGAAAAUUUGUGGGCGGAUGACAAACAAUGAAAACCAAAAGUGAAAAGUGAACCGGUUUGGGGAAAACGAAACUCUUGAUUGGCUUAAUAUGUUGAUAUAGGUCAUUUUUGAACCGAAUUAUGAAAUAGGACGUUCAUGAAAAAUUUACUGAGAUAGGGCGUUUUCGAACCGACUGCGGAGAUUGGUCGAUCUUCCACUCUGGAUAUGUAGGUAUUUGUUUUGUUUUUAGCUAUUGUAGCUCUUAAAGCAGAAUGAAUAAGUUUAUGAAAUGAAAGUAAAUAAAUAAAUUUUCCUGGGUCUGAAUUUCAGACUCUGAACUUGUUUAA